CGUGCUUGUAGCUUUUCGAGUUGAGCAACUUCGGAACCGUGCAGACCGCCUGUUCUCCAGUCCUAGGCCUUUGGUAUUUUUUUUUCUUAUGUCCAGUCAUGCCUCUUGAAGUAGUCCCACUUGCAGAAACCGAUGCCCAAGCCUGGGCUGAGCUGUACUAUCCAGCGUUCCGCUCUAGCACGGUAGGAUGUCUCUGGCACAGGGAGCCUUCGCCAGAGUCGACGCGGAAACUGGGCGAAUCGCUCAAGGCGUCCCUGCGCAAGCCGGAAGUUCACGCCUUCAAAUGCAUAGACACGGAUCUGGGCAAUAAGCUCAUCGCGGUGGCAAAGUGGUCUGUUUUCGACCGGCCACGGUCCAUGGAGGACGUGGAGAAGACAUUCACGCUACGAGAGAUGUUCGAGGAAGAGAAUGUGGAGGCGAGGAAGGAGUUCAUGGAGGGCAUUUGGAAAAGUAGAAGGGAAGUCAUGGGCGGGCAACCACACGUUAUGCUAGAUAGCUUGAUAUGUGAUCCUGACCAUCAUCGACGCGGAGCAGGAAGGAUGCUGGUACAGUGGGGAAUCGAGAAGUCAGUGGAGAUGGGAAUUCCGGCCUACUUGGAGGGUAGCAGUGCAGGCAAAAGGCUGUAUUUAUCGGUAGGGUACCAGCCUGUACGGGAGAUUGUUUUUGAUGGAACAAAGUACGGUGCUACUGAGAAGGAUGUGCAUACGGCUAUGCUUAGACCGCCUCAGAAAGCGGCCAUCAUGAACUGACAUAAAGCGUAUGUCGGUUUUCCUGUACUGUACCAAAGCACGACUUCACUCGAGUCUGUUGAUACUGAUGGGCUCGUGGGGAGAUGUGUCGUUGACGCAUGUCGACAACUCAAGGCAGGUUCAUGCUAGAGAAAUAGAGAUCCCAAAAAAGGAACCUGCAUGCACGUGAGUCGACACUAUCUAGGAAGACCAGCAUUGCAAAGUACUCUGGAUGCUGACGAC